AUACUCAGCCAGCGCACACACACCCUCUCCUCUGCCUUCAGUCUGGUCUAAGUGUGCAAGAGGCAGCACGUGUGAGAAUGUGCUGUAAUGUGUGUGUGCGCGUGUGUGUAGAGUCGAACGCUGCGCUGGAGUCCAGGAGACGUCUCGCGGAUGCAAGGAUUCCCCUGUUUGCUCUUGGAGAGGAUACGCGCUGACGGGGUUUUAACCACCACAGGGAAUUAACUGUUACUCACACAGGAAACACUGGGAGCUUAAGUAAAGGGCAAUCUGACACCGAGGUUUGAGGAAGUGUGGAGGAUCAUGCGGUCGGUAAGAGAUGACACGGCGCUGAUGAGGAGCAAUUGAUGAUGCGGCUGUUUAACCACAGUUGAAUCAUGGGAAAUGUAGAAAGUCAGAAUGGGGACAGUGGUUUCUACGGCGAUGUGACGGGACAUCUCUCCCGCAAGCACACGUCCCGGUCGCUCCGCAUCUCGAGCAAGCAGCCGGUCACCCGCCGUUCCCGCCAUUCUUCUUCAGUGAAACAGGAACACAGGAACUCUGAUGCCUCAACUCGCUCCUCGAGCACCCCGAGCAUCCCACAAUCCUUGGCAGAGAACGGACUGGAGCCUUUUAACGCCUCAGAUGCAUUUGGAGAGUUUGGCAUCAACCCUCACUGGACACAGCGUGUUGCUAUGACAAUGAGGCCGGAGUCCUAUCAACAAGAUGACGACCCGUUGGCCACACCAACUCCUGAAACCUCAGAGGCGGACACUGUUGCCCAAGCUGGAGGAGAGGACUCCACGGGGGAGGUGGAGGAGGAGGGAGACGUUGUUGGGGAGGAACGGUACCUCCAGCGAAUGGCUGAGGGUCCACGGGAGGGAGGGAGUUUUAAAAAGAAGAGGUCCAAGUCAGCAGACAUGUGGAGGGAAGACAGCCUGGAGUUCUCUCUGUCAGACCUGAGCCAGGAGCAUCUGACCAGCACUGAGGAGAUGAUAGAUGGAGGAGAAGAAGAGGAGGAGGAGCAGUUCACACGCCCCAGAGGCAAUGCAGCUGAAAGGGCAUCGUCUCUGGACCAUCUGUGCAGUCCUGGCCUCAGGGGGCAGAGGAGCCGCUACGCUAAAAAUCGGAGAGAAGCCCAAUGCGAUGGAGAUGGAGAAGGGGAGGAGGGGUUGAUGUCUCCUGCCGAGGAGGAUGGUGGUGGGUAUGGAGCAUUCACGCUCCCCUGCCGGCGCUCCCACUGCCUGUCAGAGGGCUUGGCAGGGCUCGGAAUCCCCGUUGCACCAUACCCUGCUUUCCAGGGACGCCGUGCACAAACUACUCAGGACAUCUCGGGUGUUUUGGGCGAGGGAAGUGAGUAUGGCGAUAGUGGCAUCGAUGGCGUCACCACGGAGAUAGACGGGGACGGAGAGCUGGUGUCGCGGCGCUGUAAGGCCAUGUCAGCCUCCUUCUCCGUGUACUCAGCUACGGAGAGCAGCGUUUUCAACGGGAGCGAUAGCGGGAGCAGCAGUGCAGGAGGAGGGGAAGGACGAGCCGGCGAGGGAGGCAGGGGAGGAGUGUAUGAGAAUUUCCGGAAGGAGCUGGACAAUCAAGCCUGGACACAUCAGGGUCGGGACUGCAUGGAGGAGGCUGGCUCCGCUGUGAGUGACGAGCGGAGCAGCUGCGCACUCAGUAGUGCGUAUCCAUCGGACUCUCUGAUUGGCUGUGCACAGGGCAUAGUCAGGAAAGCAGGAGCUCUGGCUGUAAAGAACUUCUUGGUUCAUAAGAAAAACAAGAAGGUGGAACCCGCAACGAGGCGCAAGUGGAAACACUACUGGGUCUCUUUGAAAGGAUGCACUCUUUUUCUGUACGAGUCAGACGGUCGUUCUGGGAUCGACCAUAACAGUGUUCCCAAGCAUGCAUUGUGGGUGGAGAACAGCAUUGUCCAGGCCGUACCUGAACACCCCAAGAAAGACUUUGUCUUCUGCCUCAGCAACUCAGUGGGAGACGCUUUCCUCUUCCAGACGUCAGGCCAGACAGAACUGGAGAACUGGAUCACGGCGAUCCACUCUGCGUGCGCCGCUGCUCUGGCUCGGCAGCACCACAGGGAGGAUACAGUGAGACUGCUGCGAACAGAGAUCCGUAAACUGGAGCAGAAGAUCGACAUGGAUGAAAAGAUGAAGAAGAUGGGAGACAUGCAGCUGUCGACCGUCACCGACGCUAAGAAGAGGAAGACCAUUCUGGAGCAGAUCUUCUUGUGGGAGCAGAACUUGGAGCGGUUUCACAUGGAUCUGUUUCGCUGCCGGUGCUACCUGGCCAGUCUGCAGGGCGGCGAACCCCCCAAUCCCAAACGCCUGCUGGGCUUUGCAUCGCGUCCCACCAAGCUGGCCAUGGGACGACUGGGCAUCUUCUCUGUCUCUUCCUUCCAUGCCCUGGUGUCAGCCCGCACAGAAAGCAGCAUCAGGAGGCGGAACCAGGCCAUGCCUCGCACCUUCAGUAAACGUCGUAGCCGUUUCUCAUCCCUCUGGGGGCUGGACACCACCUCAAAGAGGAAGACCAAGGGACAUCCUUCAAUCAACCAGGUCUUCGUUGAUGGGAUGGAGCCAGUGAGGAAGCCAUUGGAGCUCAUGUUUGAAGCCAGUGAGAAAUCUAAGGACAGAGAGGGCUCUGUGAAAAAUCUUCCUCAGCAAAGCGUAGACAGCGACAUUUGGGUUCCUGACUACCUGACUCCCUCCUGGGUGUGUCUGCCGAACAAUCGGCCGGUCUUGGCCAUCAUACAGCCCGGUGAGACAGCGCUGGAAGUCCUGAGCACCGUCUGCAAGAACCAUAAAGUAGACCCCUCCGGCCACUAUCUGCGUUUGAAGAUAUGGGUCGACAACCAAAUGCUCUUUUAUGUUCCCAAACUUGAAGAGGACAUCUCUGAUCUGCUCUACAAAGAAAUUGAAGUUUGCCUCAAAGCUACCAAGGUGAUCCGGUUUGACAAAGCAGAGUCCUGCACCGUUGGAUUUGGGUUUUCUGUGGCAGUUAUAGAUGAGGAGGGUAUGCAGCAGCUCCAUAUUACUGAAGUGAAAGCAGAGGGACUGGCCUCGGCUAAAGGUUUGAAAGCAGGUGAUGAGAUUCUGUUGCUAAAUGGUAAACCUGCAUCUGCCCUCCAAAUGGAUGAUAUGAAGGCUGCGUUUGUAAAGCAAGCGCUGACCUUGAGUGUCAGCACCCUGCCACAGCUGGACUCUCGUGUGCUGUGCUCCCUUCCACCGCGGCGGUCCGAUGGGGAUCAGGACCCAGCCACAGACAUCUUCUCCCAGAGCCAAGAGGACAUCCUGGAUGAGGUGUCGGGGUUGACAGUGGAGAGCCCAGAGGAGAGUUUAGAGGAAGGAUCUCUGCUAACCCUGCAGAGUCCAAGAGGUCAUCAGGAAGACAAAACGUGCAUGGGGACUGGACAAAAGAGCACAGAGCAGGUCACUGCUUUCUGCCGCAGUCUCCAUGACAUGAAUCCCCUGGAGUGCCCUAUGUCAUCCUCCUCAUCGUCCUCCUCGUCAUCCCUCUCCCCAAGCCCUGUGUCAGCUCUACCACCCACAGCAGGCAUUGCUACCCAGAGACAGCUCUCCCACGCAGACAAACUACGCAAGGUCAUCAAUGAACUUGUGGAGACGGAGAGGACUUACGUCAAAGACCUGAGCUGCCUCAUAGAGUGCUACUUGACACCUUUGCAGAAAGAGAGCUUCCUUACACAGGAUGAGCUGGACGUUUUGUUCGGUAACCUCGGGGAGAUGGUGGAGUUCCAGGUUGAGUUUCUCCGCACACUGGAAGAUGGGAUCCGACUGGUGCCAGAUCUGGAAAGACUGGAAAGGGUGGAGCAGUUUAAGAAAGUGCUGUUCUCCUUGGGGGGUUCAUUCCUGUAUUAUGCCGAUCGCUUCAAGAUCUACAGCGCCUUCUGCGCCAGCCACACCAAGGUCCCCAAGGUCCUGGCUAAAGCAAAAACCGACCCAGAUUUCAAGGCUUUCUUGGCCGAGAGAAACCCCAGACAGCAACAUUCCUCCACUCUGGAGUCUUACUUGAUCAAACCCAUCCAGAGGGUCCUGAAGUACCCACUGCUGCUAAAGGAGCUCUACUCUCUGACUGACCCCGAAAGUGAGGAACAUUAUCACCUGGACGUUGCAAUGAAGGCUAUGAAUAAAGUUGCGAGCCACAUCAAUGAGAUGCAAAAGCUCCAUGAGGAGUACGGAGCGGUUUUCGAUCAGCUCAUCAAUGACCAGACCGCAGAUAAAAAAGAGGUGGCUGACCUCUCGAUGGGGGAUCUUUUGCUACAUGCUACUGUGGUGUGGAUCAACCCUCCAGGCUUUUUGGUCAAGGGCAAAAAGGACCCUGAUAUGGCUGCUUUUGUGUUCAAGACAGCAGUUGUAUUUGUGUACAAAGACAGCUACAAGCACAGGAAAAAAAUCGGCGUAUCUCACCGUGCAUCUGUGAGUGAUGACAAAGAUCCUUUCCGUUUCCGUCACAUGAUCGCAACGGACUCUCUCCAAGUGCGUGCCCUUGCAAACUCUGAGGGCACAGCGGUGUGUGAGAUAGUUCACACAAGAUCGGAAUCUGAAGGAAGACCAGAGAGAACCUUCCAGUUGUGCUGCAGUUCUCCAGAAAGUAAGAAAGACUUCCUGAAAGCAGUCCACUCCAUUCUUCGGGAAAAGCAGCGCCGCCAGCUUCUUAAUACAGAGUCGCUGCCACCCAACAAGCAGUACGUCCCAUUUGGGGGCAAACGUCUGUGUGCCCUAAAAGGAGCACGGCCCGCCAUGAACAGAGCAGCAUCAGCUCCAUCACGAACAUUGCCCCGCAGGAAACUGGUGAGGAACCGCUUCACCAUUGACACUGACAUGAUUUUCCAUGGCAACAACAACAGCAACGAUUCCGACACCUCCCACCAGUCUUCUUACCCGCCUCUGUCCCAGCAUGCUCUUCCUCAAUCCAACAAACCUCAAGGAGAGGACACGGACCGUUGGGUGGAGGAGCAGUUUGACCUGGGUUGCUAUGAAGAACAGGGUGAGGGCAUCGACGUGGGGCAGAUGAAGGAGACGGACAUUUUGAGCGACGACGAUGAGUACUGCAAGUCUGUCCGAGCUGCUUCGGCAGAACCGGCCGACAUGGAGGGGAGGAUGGAGGGUAUCGAUCUUCAGGUCGCAGAGCUCCUUUCCCUUUGUCAUGUCAAGAAGCAUCACAACCACGGACAAGCUUGCUGAGACUUUACAUCCAUGACAUUUGAUGUCAAUCCUUACUAUAAUUCCUCUUUCUCCCUCCUGCAUUGCUUCCCUUUUUCCACCAGGCUGUGUUGUUUCACUGUCAUCACAGCAAAAACCGUGUGCAGAGCUCGGUCAUGCACACCUUAAUGGAUGUAUUGAACAUGCACUUAAUACCCAACUGUGAGGGGGAGGGAAUCUGAGAGCUACUCUGAUUCAGAGUGUGAGGUCAUUGGGGUGAAAUGAUACACUUUGGAUGUUCUUAUUGUUGUAUUUUUAUUAUGAUGCUGGUUUCUUAGAAUUUAGCUUUCUGGGUGAAGAUGCCCGCUAUGGACGCUCAGACUGUGAGACACAAUCACCUGGCCUUGGAGGCAAAUCCUGUGAGAACCCCUUUGACUCCUCCCUUUGUACUUUUAAAAACUGUGUUCGUACAUACAAUUGUGUAGUAUUAUCAUCUAUGUUUUAAAAUAAAUUUUCUAAAUUUA